AUGUUAAUUAUUUCCAACCUUGAUUGCCAUGGUUACAUUUGUGGCGCAUUUAAUCUACAGGGAAUGGAAAAUGAGGAAGGUAAAACUGAACAACCGCAAGAACCCCCCAUUGAUCAAGUUCAAACAAAACAAGCACAUCCUCCUCCUUUCAGUUUUUCUGAGACUUUACAACAGAAAACAACAGAGUCUUAUAUCCCUCCAGCGACUCGACGGUUCAUUGCUGAAGAUCUUACGCAUAACCCAGAUGUUGUUCCCUCGUUAGCUGACUUAGUUAUUAAGCAAAUCAUUGAAAAUUUUUCAUGUGAGUUAAAGCAGCUGAUAUACUCCCACACUCAAUUAGGUACUUCCGUACUUUAA